GACUGACGAGCAGCGUGAGAGGGGGAGCCAAUGUGGGAGGGGGGAGGGACAGAAGGAGGAGAAGGAGGAGAAGGACAACCCAACCAAAACACACAGAAGAGGGAGCCAGCCCCCGAUGUGGAGACAAGAAGAAGGUGUCAGAUAGGUGAGCGGGGAACACACGAGUCAAAGGUCGACGGAGCGGAGGCAAAGCGUCGUGGAGCAUGUCUCUCAAUGGGAAGGUGGCUCUGGUGACCGGAGGGGCUCAGGGCAUCGGGAGAGCUGUGGUCCAGUCCCUCCUGCAAAGCUCAGCAAAGGUGGCUGUGGUGGACCUGAACAAGAUCUGUGGUGAAGAGUGCAAGACACAGCUGGACGCUGAGUUUGGAGAAGGCCGCAGCACCUUCAUUCCGUGUGACGUGUCCAACGGAGACUCCCUGCGAGACGCCUUCCAGAGCACAGUGGACAAGUUCGGGCGCCUGGACAUUGUCAUCAACAAUGCUGGAAUCAACAAUGAAAAGAAUUGGGAGAAGACCAUACAAGUGAACCUGACAUCCGUGAUAAACGGGACCUACUUGGCCUUGGAACACAUGAGUAAAGAGCACGGCAAAGAGGGCGGUACCAUCAUCAACGUGUCAUCCAUGGCAGCCUUCCUGCACUCGCCUCACCAGCCGGUCUACACAGCGACCAAACAUGGCGUAAUUGGCUUCACGAGGGUGAUGGCUGAUGCGUCCUCUCAGAGCGACUACGGCGUGAGAAUCAACGUGCUGUGUCCAGCUUUUGUCGACACGCCGCUGCUGCAUUCGGUCGAACAAGAGGAAUAUAUGGGCAAGUUUGUCAAGUUCAAGGAUGAUUUCAAACGCAGCAUGAGCAAGUUUGGGGUUUUACAGCCGUCAUCCAUAGCUGAAGGCAUGAUGAGGUUGAUCACGGACACCAGUCUAAAUGGUGCCGUCAUGAAGAUAACAUGCGCCAAAGGGAUCCACUUCCACACCUACGAACCCAUGUCUGCUUGAGUCUUGGCUCGUGGACUCCACCUGGGAGCAGCCGCUGAUUCAGGACAACAUGCAGAAUCCCUCCAAUCUUUUGAUUCUACUGCACCAAUUUGCCUGAACAUUACUCAAUCGUGUAAAUACAAGUAAUUAUGCUAAUAAAGGCUUUAAGACGCGACGAUAGCAGCUAUUUUAACACAAAAUGCUAACCAUGCAAACAAAAGAUGCCGAAUGUUGACAUCGUGUAGAUUCUGUAAUUAACAAGGUUAUUCUUAAGAGCUGUCAGAGUUAUUAUUUAAGAGCUGGAUAAUUUUUUACAUAAAUUAAAAAAACCUAUGGGGUG